CUCCUUCAUCCUCUCUCCCCCUCCACCUCUCUCCCUCUCCACAUGUCUCCCCCUCCACCUGUGUCCCCCUCCACCUCUCUCCCCCUCCACCCAUCUCCCUCUCCACAUGUCUCCCCCUCCACCUCUCUCCCCCUCCACCUGUCUCCCUCUCCACAUGUCUCCCCCUCCACCUCUCUCCCCCUCCACCUGUCUCCCUCUCCACCUGUCUCCCUCUCCACAUGUCUCCCCCUCCACCUCUCUCCCCCUCCACCUGUCUCCACCUCCACAUGUCUCCACCUCCACCUCUCUCCACCUCCACAUGUCUCCACCUCCACAUGUCUCCCCCUCCACCUGUCUCCCCCUCCACAUGUCUCCCCCUCCACCUGUCUCCCCCUCCACCUCUCUCCACCUCCACAUGUCUCCCCCUCCACCUCUCUCCACCUCCACAUGUCUCCCCCUCCACCUCUCUCCACCUCCACAUGUCUCCCCCUCCGCCUGUCUCCACCUCCACCUGUCUCCACCUCCACAUGUCUCCCUCGCCACCUCUCUCCACCUCCACAUGUCUCCCCCUCCGCCUGUCUCCACCUCCACCUGUCUCCACCUCCACAUGUCUCCCCCUCCACCUCUCUCCCCCUCCACAUGUCUCCCCCUCCACCUCUCUCCACCUCCACAUGUCUCCCCCUCCGCCUGUCUCCACCUCCACCUCUCUCCACCUCCACAUGUCUCCCCCUCCACCUCUCUCCACCUCCACAUGUCUCCCCCUCCACCUCUCUCCACCUCCACAUGUCUCCCCCUCCACCUCUCUCCACCUCCACAUGUCUCCCCCUCCGCCUGUCUCCACCUCCACCUGUCUCCACCUCCACAUGUCUCCCCCUCCACCUCUCUCCACCUCCACAUGUCUCCCUCGCCACCUCUCUCCACCCCAACCCGUCUCCCUCGCCACCUCUCUCCCCCUCCACCUCUCCCCCUCCACAUGUCUCCCUCUCCACCCGUCUCCCCCUCCACCCGUCUCCCCCUCCACCUGUCUCCCCCUCCACCUCUCUCCCCCUCCACCUGUCUCCCUCUCCACAUGUCUCCCCCUCCACCUCUCUCCCCCUCCACCUGUCUUCCUCGCCACCUGUCUCCCCCUCCACCUCUCUCCCCCUCCACCUCUCUCCCCCUCCACCUUUCUUCCUCUCCACAUGUCUCCCCCUCCACCUGUCUCCCCCUCCACCUGUCUCCCCCUCCACCCGUCUCCCUCUCCACCUCUCCCCCCUCCACCUGUCUCCCCCUCCACCCGUCUCCACCUCCACCUGUCUCCCUCUCCACAUGUCUCCCCCUCCACCUCUCUCCCCCUCCACCUGUCUUCCUCGCCACCUGUCUCCCCCUCCACCUCUCUCCCCCUCCACCUCUCUCCCCCUCCACCUCUCUCCCCCUCCACCUUUCUUCCUCUCCACAUGUCUCCCCCUCCACCUGUCUCCCCCUCCACCUCUCUCCCCCUCCACCUUUCUUCCCCUCCACCCGUCUCCCCCUCCACCCUUCUUCCCCUCCACAUGUCUCCCUCUCCACCUGUCUCCCCCUCCACCUCUCUCCCCCUCCACCUGUCUCCCUCUCCACCUGUCUCCCCCUCCACCUCUCUCCCCCUCCACCUGUCUUCCCCUCCACCUUUCUUCCCCUCCACAUGUCUCCCUCUCCACCUGUCUCCCCCUCCACCUCUCUCCCCCUCCACCUGUCUCCCUCUCCACCUCUCCCCCCCUCCACCUGUCUCCCCCUCCACCCGUCUCCCACUCCACAUGUCUCCCCCUCCACCUUUCUCCCCCUCCACCUGUCUCCCUCUCCACCUCUCCCCACUCCACCUCUCUCCACCUCCACAUGUCUCCCCCUCCACCUCUCUCCACCUCUCUCCACCUCCACAUGUCUCCCCCUCCACCUUUCUCCCCCUCCACCUGUCUCCCCCUCCACCUGUCUCCCCCUCCACCUCUCUCCCCCUCCACCUGUCUCCCUCUCCACAUGUCUCCCCCUCCACCUCUCUCCCCCUCCACCUGUCUUCCUCGCCACCUGUCUCCCCCUCCACCUCUCUCCCCCUCCACCUUUCUUCCCCUCCACCUUUCUUCUUCUCCACAUGUCUCCCUCUCCACCUGUCUCCCCCUCCACCUUUCUUCCCCUCCACCUCUCUCCCCCUCCACCUUUCUUCCCCUCCACAUGUCUCCCUCUCCACCUGUCUCCCCCUCCACCUGUCUCCCCCUCCACCCGUCUCCCUCUCCACCUCUCCCCCCCUCCACCUGUCUCCCCCUCCACCCGUCUCCACCUCCACAUGUCUCCCCCUCCACCUUUCUCCCCCUCCACCUGUCUCCCUCUCCACCUCUCCCCCUCCACCUCUCUCCACCUCCACAUGUCUCCCCCUCCACCUCUCUCCACCUCUCUCCACCUCCACAUGUCUCCCUCUCCACCUGUCUCCCCCUCCACCUUUCUUCCCCUCCACCUCUCUCCCCCUCCACCUUUCUUCCCCUCCACAUGUCUCCCUCUCCACCUGUCUCCCCCUCCACCUCUCCCCCCCUCCACCUGUCUCCCCCUCCACCCGUCUCCCACUCCACAUGUCUCCCCCUCCACCUUUCUCCCCCUCCACCUGUC